AUGGAUACAUUAUCACUGGGAAUUAUUGGAUGUUUAGGAAUUGGAUUUGGUAGAUAUGCGUUCAAAAAUUAUCGAUUUCCACACAUUUCAGAGUGUGGUUGCAUUGGGAAGUGUUACAGAAUGUUCGGGAUACACGAUCAUGAGUGUUUUGACAUCACGGUUGAGGUAAUUGAGGUGUCCCAAGUGAGGUGUAAAAAGAAAUACAUCGUGGAAAUUGAAUCUGGUCGCUUUCACUAUAAAACAUCGCAUAACCAAGAAGCUGAUGGUAAAGUGGGCUUCUAUGAAAAGAUAAACAUACACAUCAGGCAGUGUGACACCCAUAUCACACUAAAAUUGUAUUCAAAGGAGUUACUAAAGGAUACACUAGUUGGGUCACUUGUGAUUGGAGUAGAUGAGUUAAUGCGUGAUCAACUACCGAGGAGACGAAUGUAUACAAUGGAAAUAAAUGAUAGUUCAACUUCUAAGAUAAUGCUAAGUUUCUAUAAAGUGGGAGAUGUUCCAGAUAACAUAAGCCCCCUUAUGAUGCAGGCGUUGCUCGAAUGUCCGAAUAUGGAUCCCAGGGACGUAGAAUAUAUGAGUACCAUUGAUCAAUUGAGAUUCUUUGCCAAAGUGAUAACUGGGCCGCUGAAGAGGAUGAAUUUAUUCGGACCUACAUGGACCGAAUACUAUUUCGUUCCGAUUGAAUUGUCGCAAACUAAAUGGGAAUGGAGGUAUUGGGAAACAAGAAGUAAUUAUCUGGCUAAAAAGAAGCAUAUUGGAGCAUAUUCAUUUUUAGGUGUGAGUACGAUUGUGCCGGAUGAUUCAAAUAAAUCGCAUUUUUACGUGAAAUACCACGAUAAAUCGGGUGUAUAUGAUUUGGUAUUUAAGAGGGUAGAUAGAAAUAGGGAUAUAUGGACCCAAGGCCUAAUUGAGUUUAUCACGAGACAAAGAGAGUUGAUUUCUAAGGAAUCCCUUAAUGCAAUUAGUGACAUUGGUCUUAACAACGAGUUUAUCAAAAAUUCGAUUAAAAUUGGACGUUCCAAUGGCAACGAUAACCAAGUAUUAGGGGAUAUUAUCGCAGAUAUGAGUAAAGAAAUGAUUAUCUCUUGA